CUAAAGAUGGUAAACAACUUGCUGGAAACAUGCACUGCACAUACAAAUCAACUCACUGCAUAUGCAAAUCAACUCACUGCAUAUGCAAAUCAACUCACUGCAUACAACUCCUCACACUGUAUAUGCAACUCAACUCACACCGUGUAUGCAAAUCAACUUGCACUGCGUAUGCAACUCAACUCGCACUGCGUAUGCAAAUCAACUCACUGCAUAUGCAACUCAGCUCGCUCUGCGUAUGCAACUCAGCUCGCUCUGCGUAUGCAACUCAGCUCGCUCUGCGUAUGCAACUCAGCUCGCUCUGCGUAUGCAACUCAGCUCGCACUGCGUAUGCAACUCAGCUCGCUCUGCGUAUGCAACUCAGCUCGCACUGCGUAUGCAACUCAGCUCGCACUGCGUAUGCAACUCAGCUCGCACUGCGUAUGCAACUCAGCUCGCUCUGCGUAUGCAACUCAGCUCGCACUGCGUAUGCAACUCAGCUCGCUCUGCGUAUGCAACUCAGCUCGCUCUGCGUAUGCAACUCAGCUCGCUCUGCGUAUGCAACUCAAGUCGCACUGCGUAUGCAACAGCUCGCUCUGCGUAUGCAACUCAGCUCGCACUGCGUAUGCAACUCAGCUCGCACUGCGUAUGCAACUCAGCUCGCUUUGCGUAUGCAACUCAGCUCACACUGCGUAUGCAACUGAGCUCGCUCUGCGUAUGCAACUCAGCUCGCACUGCGUAUGCGAAUCAACUCACUGCCUAUGCAACUCAGCUCGCACUGCGUAAAACUCACACUGCAUAUGCAACUCAACUCACUGCGUAUGCAACUCAGCUCGCACUGCAAUACAACUCGCACUGCGUGUGCAACAACUCGCACUGCGUGUGCAACAACUCGCACUGCGUGUGCAACUCAACUCGCACUGCGUAUGCAACUCAGCUUGCUCUGUGUAUGCAACUCAACUCGCACUGCGUAUGCAAAUCAACUCACUGCAUAUGCAGCUCAGCUCGCACUGCGUAUGCAAUGCAACUCAACUCACACUGCGUAUGCAACUCCACACUGUAUGCAACUCAGCUCUCUCUGCAUAUGCAAUUCAACUCGCACUGCAUAUGCAAAUCAACUCACUGCAUAUGCAACUCAGCUCGCACUGCGUAUGCAACUCAACUCGCACUGCGUAUGCAACUCAGCUCGCGCUGCGUAUGCAACUCAACUGUUGCAAGUACUUAUUUCCGGCCACUUCCUUUUUCUAACUACCACACCAAGCCAGUAUUUCUCCUCCCUGAAGUCAGCCCAGGAUGAGGCACUAGACAGCAGGACAUGCUGUAUGCCCUUGGGCCUGCUGGAAGUAUGCAGACUAGCCAGCCCCAGACUUCAUCCUGCCCUGUCCUGCCUUUCCUGUGAAAACCCUGUGGCCUCUGCCUCCCCUGGCUCUGACUUCUGCCUCCUGCCCAGCUCUGCAGCUCCCCUUGGGCCCUGUCUGGAGUGAUGUGCCGCCUUCUCUUGACACUGUGAGUGAUAAACUUUCCAUGUCAGGAACCUGUGUGUGUCACUCACCUUGACAAGUCCGCGUCUAGGCCCCACCAGUGGUGUGGUUUUCCUCAUAGUCUCUCUACCUAAGCACAUGUCUGUGACAAGGUCUUAGCCAGCCCAGGGAUUCUUGAACUAUCUGUAGGAACUGCCAUGUUGACUCCUGGGCAGUUUUAUUCUUUCUCUCUACUCGUUCAACCUUAUUAGGGAGUGACAUUUUUUCCAAAGUGGUUGUGAAACAGCAUCUCCUUGGGGUGUUGGUUUGCACUUCUCUUCAUUACCGAUAGUAUGAACAUGGUUUUGCUUAUGCUGGCUAUUUUCCUUUUUGGAUGAAAUACCUGGUCUUGUUUUUUCCUGGUUUGUUUGAUCUUUGUUCUUUUUUAGAAAUAGUGAGGCUGUUGUGAGGUGAGUCACCACUUGUGACUUAGAAGAUUGUAGUGGUUUUCACUUCACCUGUUUCCACUUUUGUGAUGAUGCCUUAAGGAAAAAGAUUGUGCCAGGUGCGGUGGCUCAGGCCUGUAAUCCCAACACUUUGGGAGGCCGAGGUGGGUGGAUCACAAGGUCAGGAGAUCAAGACCAUCCUGGCCAACAUGGUGAAACGCCAUCUCUACUAAAAAUAGAAAAAUUGGCUAGAUGUGGUGGUGCAUGCCUGUAAUCCCAGCUCCUCGGGAGGCUGAGGCAGGGGAAUCGCUUGAACAUGGGAAGCACAGAUUGCAGUGAACCGAGAUCGCGCCACUGCACUCCAGCCUGGCAGCAGAGAGAGACUCUGUCUCAAAAAAAAAAGGAAAAAUAUUUCUUAAUUUUGGGAUACUCAAAUUUAUACAACCUUUCCUUUAUCUUCAUCAGAAAUUUCUUUUCCCCUAAGGCCUUAAAUAUGCUGUACUAUUUUGGCUUCCACAGUUUCUAUGUUUUAUCCCAAGUUGCUUAAUCCCUUUGGAGUUGAUUUUUGUUGACAGUAUCUGUAGAGUCUAAUGUCAUUUUUCCCACUAUGGACAUACAAUGUUUGCGAGGCCUCUUUUUGUUUAAUGAAGAAAAGAGGUUUAUUUUGUUCACAAUUCUGAAGGCCUGGAGGUCCCAGAAGCUUGGCACCAGCACCCACUAGGCUCCAGAUCGGAGCCUCAUGGUGACUUCUGUUUUCACACAACCAGUGGGAAACAGGUGUGCUAACACUGUGAGAGAAAAAAUCCCAAAGUUUACUUUUUCCCAUUCACUUGCCCUGGCCUCAAGGCAGUCCUGCAGCAGCAAACACGUCAUCAGCCUUAGGAGCUGGCCUGUGAGGUUGACCACUCUGUAGGUGGACGAGCCUCGCCCCAGAAGAGACAUGAGCAGUUCUGCGUAGGCUUUAAGAUGGAAUCAACAUGGAAAGCACGACCCACACGGUUUCAAUAGAACUUGCCUCCUGAACCUGACUAGGUUACUCGCCUGAUGAGCCAGUAUCUCCAUCACCCAUGGGACUGACAGACCCAGAGCGUAUUAACCUAAAAUUCAAAAGUGUAGACUAUAAUCUUAAAUUAUUUAGCAUAUGUGUAACAGCCUUGGGGAGCAGUGUUAUGAUACCAAAUGGCUAACAUUCAUGACCUCAGAAUCCUGGAAGAAAAGGAGAAAGUGUGAUGUAGUAAAACCACUUGAAAAAAUAAUGAUGAAACAUUUCUCAUAUUUGGUGUAAGAUAAAAACUUAAGUUUGAAGAGGUUCCAUGAGCCCCAGACAGGAUAAACCUAAAGAAAACCAAGCCCAGGCCGGGGGCGGUGGCUCACGCCUGUAAUCCCAGCACUUUGGGAGCCCGAGGUGGGCAGAUCACUAGGUCAGGAGAUCAUGACCAUCCUGGCCAACACAGUGAAACCUCGUCUCUACUAAAAAAAAAAAAAAAAAAAUACAAAAAUUUAGUUGGGCGUGGUGGCGGAUGACUGCAGUCCCAGCUACUCGGGAGGCUGAGGCAGGAGAAUGGCGUGAACCCGGGAGGCAGAGCAUGCAGUGAGCUGAGAUCGUACCACUGCACUCCAGCCUGGGCGACAGAGCGAGACUCUGUCUCAAAAAAGAAGAAAGAAAAGAAAACCAAGCCCCUGCCACCAUGAAGCUGCCGAAAGCUACAGAGUGAAAGUCUUGGAAGGAGGCUGAGAAAGUGGACACAGUGCUUCCAGAAGAAAAAUUCAAUUGACCGGGUUUCUCGUCGGAAGCCACAGAGGCCAACAGGAAAUGUAGGAGCAUUUUUCAAGUUCUGAAAUAAAAAGAAAUGCCAACCCAGAUUGCUAUAUCCAACAAAAUAUCCUUUAGGAAUGAAACAGAAGUAACGAUGAGGCAAUACAAAGAGUUGCCUGCAGACCUGGUUUAAAUAAAUGGUUACAGGAAACUCUUAAGGAAACCUGGAACAAAGGAAAAGCAAUAGAAGAGUAAAUACCUGAGUAAAUAGAUCAGAUCAUUCUACUCUUGAGAUCUUUAAAAUAUAUAUUAUUGUCAAAAGCACAAAUUAUCACAUGGGGUUUCAACUGAUGUAUAUUUAAUACAUAAGACAACUACAACAUGAAGGUGAGGGGCAACGUGGCUGGACGGCGUGGAGGUUCCGUGCUCCAUUUCAGUGGCAAAAUACCAUUCCAGAAGGACUGGAAAAGCUAAGUCUGUAUAUUUUAAUUACUAAAGAAGUGUACAGCUGGGUGUGGUGGCUCACGCCUGUAAUCCCACCACUUUGGGAGAGUGAGGUGGGUGGAUCACUUGAGGUCAGGAGUUUGAGACCAGCUUGGCCAACAUGGUGAAACCCCAUCUCUACUAAGAAAUACAAAAAUUAGCUGCGUGUGGUUGGGGGCCCCUGUAAUCUCAGCUUCUCAGGAGGCUGAGGCAGGAGAAUCACUUGAACCCGGGAGGUGGAGGUUGCAGUCAGUCGAGAUUGUGGCACGGCACUCCAGCCUGGGUGACAGAGCAAGACUCUGUCUAAAAAAAAAAAGGACAAUGAGAUAUACUAAAAUGGUCCAAUAUGUUAAUUAAAACAUACUACUAAAAAAAGUGUUAAAUAGCCUGCAAGAAUGGUGAUAAAGGGGAAACUGAGUACUGGGAACAAAAGAGAACAAGUAGGUAACGAAGUGGUGGCCAGGUGCAGUGGCUCAGGCCUGUCAUCCCAGCACUGUGGGAGACCGAGGCGGGCGGAUCACUUGAGGUCAGGAGUCAGACCAGUCUGGCCAACGUAGUGAAACCCUGUCUCUACUAAAAAUACAAAGUUAGCCAGGGGUGAUGGUGGGAGCCUAUAAUUCGAGCUACGUGGGAGGCUGAGGUAGGAGAAUCACUUGAACCGGGGAGGUGGAGGUGGCAGUGAGCUGAGAUCGCGCCACUGUACUCCAGCCUGGGUGACAGCAAGACUCUGUCUAAAAUAAAAAAAAAUAACUGGUAGAGCUGAAUCCUAGAUAAUCAAACACAUUAGUGCACAUGAUCAGCUGGGCACUCACGCCUGUAAUCCCAGCACUUUGGGAGGCCGAGGCGGGUGGAUCACUUGAGGUCAGGAGUUCCAGACCACCCUGGCCAACACGGUAAAACCUUGUCUCUACUAAAAAUACAAAAAUUAGCCGGGUUUGGUGGCUCAUGCCUGUAGUCCCAGCUACUCAGGACCUGAGGCAGGAGAAUCACUUGAACCCAGGAGGUGGAGGUUGCAAUGAGCCAAGAUCGUGCCACUGCACUCCAGCCUGGGCAACAGAGCGAGACUUCAUCUCAAAAAAAAAAAAAAACAUGAUCUACACAUGCUAUUUAAAGAUAGGACAGAUAAAAAGUGUGACCCAUCAAUAUGUCAUCUACAAGACACUUCAAAUACAAUGACGCAAAUAGGUUAAUAGUACCAUGUAAACAUAAUAAAGUGGAGAGGCUGUAUUUAACAUCAGAAAAAAUGACUUCAGCACAAAGAAAAUUACCACAGGGUGUUGAGUGCAGUGGCUGAUGCCUGUAAUCCCAACACUUUGGGAGGCUGAGGUGGCUGGCUCACUUAAGGCCAGCAGUUCAAGACCAGCCUGGGCAACAUGGUGAAACCCUGUCUGUACUAAAAAUACAAAAUUAGCCGGGCAUGGUGGCAGGCACCUGUGAUCCCAGCUACUUGGGAGGCUGAGGCAGGAGAAUCUCUUGAACCCAGGAGGUGGAGGUUGCAAUGAGCCGAGAUAGCGCCAUUGCACUCCAGCCUGGGCAACAAGAGCAAAACUCCAUCUCAUAAAUAAAAGUUAAAAGCAAAAUGUGAUAAAAGACCACAAAAAUGAAAAAUUACAGUGUUAAUUAUAUUGAUUCAAAUUAGUUAUGUUAAAUAUUAGCAAAUAAUACAAAACCACAUUGAGAAAAUAAUAAACCAUGACCAAGUGGAAUUUAAGACUGCAACUGGUUCAGUUAUUAGAAAGCCUAUUAAAUACUACACCAUGUGAAUCCAUCUAAGAAGAUAAGGCAUGUGAUUGUAUCCAUAGGUGUUGAUGAAGCCUUUGGGAAAAUGUAGUACCUAUUAUUGAUAGAUGCACUCAAAAUAGGAAUUGGUGAAUACUUUCUUAGGACGCCUGUGUCUGUAGCUAUAUGUGUGUGUGUGUGUACUGGAAGUGUUACCUAAUGCAAUUGGGCAAAACAGAUUUGCAAAAAAGUGAACUAUCUCUUGUAUGCAUUAUAUGAUAUACAUGGAAAGCCCUGUAGAAUCAGUAAAAACAUUUAGUAAGAGGAGCUGAAAUUGCAGUCAAAAAAUAGAUGGUCUUCAUCUACACAACCAAUAACCAGUGAGGUGAUAUGAUAGUAGAGAAAACUUAUUUAUAAUAGCAAUAAAACAAUGCUUAGAAAUAAAUUUAUCAAGAAAUGUAUAAAACCUAAAUGAGGAAACUUUUUGUUUGUUUGUUUGUUUGAGACAGA